AUGGGCGACGGUGUGGCGAAGAAUGGCGCGUACAAGUACGACGACGGUACAAAAUACAUCGGAGACUGGAAUAGCAGAGGUUUAAAACAUGGCGCUGGUUCGCUGGUUCUUCCGGACGGAACACGAUACGACGGAGCGUUUCAGAAUGGACUGUGUUCCGGAGUGGGAGUUAUUGUAUUUCCCGACGGAGCAAAAUACGAAGGCGAAUUUAUGCAAGGGUGGUUCCAUGGUCACGGUGUAUUUUGGCGAGCCGACGGAAUGAAAUUUGAAGGAGAAUUUCGCGGUGGUCGCGUUUGGGGCUUAGGCUUAGUGACUUAUGCCGAUGAAUCGCACGGAUUUCCGAGGAACGAGGGUUUCUUCCAAGAUUGUAGAUUGAUAAGACGACGACGUUGCCCGGAUAUCGUGCAGAAGGCACAGAAGAUUUCUAUGAUGGCUCGUGCUCAAUGCAACUAAACUGAAAUAACAUGGAUUAUAAACUCAAAAAAGCAUAGACUUGUAAAAAAUCUUUAAGAAAAGUAGAAUGCCUUUUACAUUUUUUUUAACAAUUCAGUUCAUUACAAUUGGCUGCCAUGCUUUGGAAGGUAUACAGUGAAUUGAGUUAUAUACAGGAUACGAAAAUAAAAUGCUGGAACUCUUUAAUAUUUUAAUUCACAUUUCCGUAAAAAAUGUUUUAGACGAAAAUUGUCAAAUUUAAAUAGGCAGAUUAUAUUUUAUUAAUUAGAUUUAAUGGCGGUAUUAUCCGACCUUAGGUGGGGUUGUCAAAAUUAAAUUAAGAUUAAAUUGAAUUUUUUUAAUGGAAUUAUCUUUCUUUUUCUGAUAUAAAUCGCUUCCUCUAUUCAUUCUGUGUAGUAUUAUGUAAAUACUAGACCAAAAUUAUUGAAAAGUGAAUACUUUCCGAGAUAUUUUGCAUUUUAUCCAGUA